AUGUCCCAAACACCCCAUAAAAUCCCCCGCUCCCCAGCAUCAUCGCCUCUCCCCCCACAACCGAUCCACAACCUGAAACACAGCCGUAAUCAGCGCCAUUGUCUCCUGAUCCACCAGCCUGCCAAACCGCUGCUGCAGUUUAUCAGGAUGCCAGCGCACGCGUUCUGUCUUGAGCAGGGCAACGGGAUCUUGUUUCCACGCGGGGCUGGCUUUCAGGAAGCGCUCGAUUUCGGGUUUGUCGAUGUGGGCUGGGUUGCCGGAGAGGACUGGCCAGGGGAUGAGGGUGCGGGGGUCGGCCCACUUGGAGAGCGUCCCGUUGGGGCCGGGCUUGGUGUCGGGGUAGAUGUGCACCGGUUGGCCGUACACGCCUUCCCAGUAGGCGGCGCCUUCGUCGUCGGCGAGGGCGUCGAAGAGGGAUUCGCGGAAGGCGGUGGUAGGGUCGGUGGUUUCUGCGUGGAUUCCAUCGUAGAGAGAUUCGCGGUGCUGGUUGUCGGGGUCAUAGUAUGCGCCGUCGAGGGUGGAGGUGGGGUGUCGGUCGGAGUGAGAGGAGUGAUGCUUGUGCCUGUGCCUACGCUUCGACUCACGUUUGCUGGAUCGCUCGUCAUCGUAUUUAUACGAACGAUGUCGUUUGGAACUGCGCUCUGUGGAUUCCUCUUCAUCUGGGGAUUUCUCCUCGUCCGCGCUUCGGUGCUGUUUGGAACGACGUUUGGAGCCAGAUUUGAAGUGGAAUUUCGAGGCCUUUGCUUUUUCGUAGACGUUGAAGACGAGUAUGGUGUUGACGUAGUGAUGGUGGUGGUGAGGAGUGAAGAUGCGGAGAAGUGCGGAGGUGUCGAGCCAUCUCACUGGUGCACGCAGCCUUGGCGCUUAACAACAUUGCGACUUGCGACUUGCGCCUGGCACUCCCUUUCAGUCAUUCAGACAUCACACAUCAUGGCUUUCAAAUUCAAUCUCGCAGCAAAGACCCCCCUCAUUAAAUCCAAUGUGAAGAUUCCAAUAUCCAAGAAGAAAAAGCCUCUCCUCGACGAUGAAGACGACGAUAUCAAAGGCAAAUCCAAGGCCGCAGACAACGCGCAAGCAAUCGACGAGUUGAACUUCGACGACGACGCCCUGCCCUCUACCUCUGGCCCCUCUGAGCCCACCACUAAAAAGCCCAGAAAAGGCGCUCCCAUCGCUCCUCCAACCAAGAAACCCAAGCCCAAAGCAGACGAUCCAACCACCAUCGGCUACUCCGCAAGCGCAACCGAAGCCGAAGCCCGCGCCCGUGAAGCUGCAGAAACAGACGCCACCAUCUACGACUACGACGCCGCUUACGAUGCGCUCCACGCGCAAGCCGCCGCCAAGGCCGCAGCAACACGCGAUGAUGCCGCCGCGCGAAAGCCCAAAUACCUCGAUACGCUGCUUGAAUCGGCCAAGCAGCGGGAAAAAGACCAUCUCCGCGCCCGCGACAAGCUCCUCCAGCGCGAACGCGAAGCCGAAGGCGACGAAUUCGCUGACAAGGAGAAGUUCGUAACGGGGGCCUACAAGGCGCAACAAGAAGAAGCACGCAAGGCAGAAGAAGAGGAGAAGAUUCGGCAAAAGGAAGAAGAGGAAAAAAAGAAGAAGUACGGGAUGCAGGGAUUCCACAAACAAAUGCUCGCAGAGCAAGAACGCCGACACCAAGAAACCAUGGAAGCCGCAGCUCAAGCCCUCAAAUCCGGACCUCAACACAACAUCCCCCCAGCCCCCAACCAAGAAGAAAUCGACCAGCAAACCGAAGCCGAACGCAUCGAAGAACUCCGCAGACAAGGCAAAACCGUCAUCCUCAACGAAGACGGCCAAGUCGCUGAUAAACGCCAACUCCUCAGCGCAGGCCUCAACGUUAUCGUCAAGUCAAAACCCCCGCCCACAACUUCAACCUCCACCACAUUAGCCGCCCAGCACCAACAUGCCCACAGCGCACAAAAAGACAAAUCUCACCGCAACGCCCAGCGCGACCGCCAGACGCAAAUCGUGCUCGAGCAAAUCGAACAGGCGAAUAAAAGGAAAGCAGAUGCAGAGGCUGAACAGCAGGCUAAACUGCUGCACGCGGCUAAGAGCCAGAAGACAGAGACGGAUAUUUUGAGCGCGAAGGAGAGGUAUUUGCGCAGGAAGAGGGAGAAGGAGGAGGCGGCGGCGGCGGCGGCGGCGGCGAAGUGA